AUGAAGCUUUGGUCAGCACGACCGCUUGCGGUCCUCGCAUCACUCGCGACACUGGUCGCCCCCUCCUUCGCCCGCGACAGAGUCCUACAAUCAAACUCGCUCGCGGCAUGCCAGGAAAACUCUGGCUUCACAGCCAGUCUCUUCGACGUCGUGUUCUUUCCCGACAAUGGAACCGUCAACAUCAACAUGCUCGCCACCUCGUCUAUUCAGGGCUACGUUGUCUUCGACAUCCGCAUCUUGGCUUACGGCUACCAAAUCAUGCACGAGGUUCUUGACCCGUGCAAUCUCGGCGACGAAUCACUGAGUCUGGCUGGUUUGUGCCCCAUGAACGCGGGCAAGAUGAGCAAUCCCUUCAAGCUGGAUCUCGGCCCCGAUGUCAAGGACAAAAUUCCAGGAAUCGCCUACACUUUCCCCGAUUUGGAUGCCACGGUUAAGGUCUUUGUCAACAUGACGGGCGGAGAGAUGGCUGGAGAGACUGUUGCCUGUCUCGAGGCCAAUGUCUCCAACGGCAUGACUGUUGAUCUGAUCGGUGUCAAAUGGGCCACCUGGGCUGUUGUCUUCCUGGGCAUCAUGUCCUCUGCCCUGCUGUCGGGUCUCGGAUACGCUAACGCUGCCUCCCACGUGGCUUCCAGCACGCUGUCGCUUUAUGGAUACUUCCAGGCCCAGGCCAUGAUCGGUCUCUGUGGUGUCCAUCUUCCUCCUGCCGUGCGAUCCUGGACUCAGGAUUUCGUAUGGAGUAUGGGCAUCAUCAGAGUCCAGUUCAUCCAGGAUAUCCUCACAUGGUAUCAGCGGGCCACUGGUGGUACCGCGUCCACCGUGCUUAACUCGCUCGAGACCGUGUCUGUCCAGGUCGAAAAGGUAAAGCGUGCGCUACCGGCUGAGUACGUUGAUCCCGCUAUCAACCUUUUCAAACGAGCGACCGCCAUGCUGCCUCGUGCCGCAGCCCAGGUCGGCGGCAGAAUCGCAAAGCGAGCCAACAUCCAGACUUCUUUCGGCAGUUAUAUCGUCUACGGUAUUCAGCGAGUUGCGUUCCGCGGUAAUAUCGAGUCAACCAACUUGUUCAUGACCAGUUUGACCUUCUUCUAUAUCUUUGUGGUCUUCACUGCUAUCCUGGUUAUCCUGUUCAAGCUUGGACUUGAGCUCUUUGCCAAGAUGGGCUGGGUCAAGGGUGAUGCCUUCUCCGAGUUCCGUGCCGGUUGGAUUACAGUCCUCAAGGGUAUCCUUUACAGAGUUGGACUUGUUGGUUUCCCGCAGGUCACUGUCAUGUGCAUGUGGGAGUUCACCCAAAAAGACUCUCCGGCGGAAGUGGCCUUAGCCGUCUUCUUCUUCUUUGGUCUCCUGGCAACCCUUCUCUGGGCCGCCUGGAAGGUCAUCCGGAUUGCUCGCCGCUCGAUUGCCCUUCAUAGGAACCCCGCCUACAUCUUGUUCUCGGACCCUCAGGCCCUGAACAAGUGGGGUUUCCUGUAUGUGCAGUUCCGCGCUUCAGGCUACUAUUUCAUCCUGCCUAUCCUCUUCUACAUUGUCAUUAAGGGCAUGUUCAUUGCCUUUGCUCAGGCCCACGGCACCCUCCAGGCUAUCGCGCUUCUUAUUAUCGAGGCUGCGGCGCUCAUUACGGCUACCGUCAUGCGCCCAUGGAUGGACAAGAGCACUAACACGUUCAACAUUGUCAUUUGCGCCAUGAACUUCCUCAAUGCCAUCCUUCUCUUCCUUCUGACGGAUGUUUUCGACUUCCCGCCCUUGGUUAUCGGUGUAGUGGGCUUGGUUCUCUGGAUCGCCAACGCCAUUGUGUGCUUGAUCCUCCUUCUUAUGCUUAUCAUCACCACCGCCAUAACUCUGUUCCACAACAACCCCGAUACUCGCUACCAGUUCAUGAACGACGACCGCACCUCGUUCAUGAAGUCGAACCCGAAGCUGCACACGCAGUCGGAACUCGAGGCUCUGGGUGUUACUGCGCGUGGCGAGAGCAAGCUUUAUACCAAGUCUCCCUUGAGCUUUGAGGAUGACGACUCGGCGGUGUCGAGCCCCAGCAACCCUCUGAACCGUCCGGGAACGGCCGAUUCCAACACGGGCAACCCGUACUUCCAUUCCAACAGGCAUUCCGGGCGUUGGAGCAAUGACCCGUCCCUCAUGAAGGACGAACCGUUUGUGAGGCACAGGCCAAGCGGAAGCAUCCAAACGCCGAGUCCGAUGACGGAUUCUGCUUCGAGUCUGCCGAGAAGGCAAGCAUCGCCUCACUCGGUGAUUUCAGAAAAGAAGCCGCAUACCACUAACGCGAGUCCCUGGCAGCGCGGUGCUGGAUACGAGUAA